AUGUUUUUCAAAUAUUAACAAUCAUAUAUGUCAGUCAAAGAAUACAGUUUUGGUUUGAUUACAACAAAUCUCAAAAGUAUAUUUGUUGAAAGGGAAAAUGAGAAUAAUAGAAGUUAUGAGUGA